AUGAGGUAUAUAAAAACAACAAAUGAUGAGUAUUACACAACAGAAACAUUCGAAGGUUUGGGAACUGCAACAAUGAAUAGAAGCGUAGCAUUUCUGUUAUUGUUUUUCGUGCUUCAUACCGCGAAGACCGACUAUGAUUGGUGUCAGUACAAAUGCAAAAAAGGCAUACACACCUUGUGUGAACGACAAAAAUAUGAUUGUGGGGCAGGUCCAGCGUGCAAAAACUUCCAAGCAAUGUAUAUGACUAAUGAAGACAGACAAUUUAUUAUAGACCUUCACAACCAAUUAAGGAACAGAGUUGCUCUUGGACAUGAAACCAUAGGGCCUCAACCUUCAGCUACGAAUAUGCAAGCAAUGAGCUACAAUACGGAUUUGGAGUAUAUAGCACAGUGUCAUACUAACGAAUGCGUGUAUCAUCAUGACACAUGCAGAAGUACUUCUCAAUGGGAUUGGGUCGGCCAAAGUAUCAUGCAGGAACAGUUCAUAGGGCAAACUAUUACUAUAAGAGAAAUGAUAAAUUCAACAAUCCAUGGUUGGUACGACGAAGUCAAAAUAUACCCACCAGAAUGGGCUAAAUCAUUUGAUACCCAUGGAAAAAAGGUCGGACACUAUACACAAAUAGUAUGGGCUGACACUAACCAUGUGGGCUGCGGUAUUACUAAAUACUUAGAAGAUGGUUGGGAAACUUGGUACAUGGCAUGCAACUAUGGACCAGGAGGAAACGCUGGCGCGAAACCAUUGUAUGAGCAAGGACCACCUGCUUCAAACUGUGGAGGACUGCCAAGGAAUCCGAAAUAUCCCGGACUAUGUGGAACUGAUACUCUUCAAAAAGUUUAGUAAAUUGUACAUUGGUAACCUUUAUGAUAAGUACUGAAGUAUUAGAAUAUAUAUAAAAAAAAUAAAAAAUCUGCUAAGUA